AUGGGUUCAAGAUCUGUAGCCUCAAUUGCCUUGCUGCUCUCUGUUAACCUCCUUUUCUUCAGUAUGGGGAGCGCUGCGAAUUGCCCAGUGAAUGUCUUAUUGUUCCAAGCAUGUAUAACUGGGUGGUCGGCCGGGCAAUACAGCCCACCAUAUGCACCUUGCUGCAACCUCAUGGCUAAUCUAGUUGAUCUUGACGCUGCUUUUUGCCUUUGCACUGCCAUCAAAGCUGAUGUCUUGGGCAUUAGCCUCAAUAUUCCCAUCAACUUGAGCUUGGUGCUCAACACCUGCGGCAAGAAGGUUCCAGAUGGAUUCCAUUGUCCAUAA